AUGACCCUCACAUAUCGCAACGGGGUUUCUAUUGGAGAAAUCAUCCUCUACAUCCCUGCUUUAGCGAUUGCCAUUUUCCUCUGCAUCAAACAUGGUUUCGGACGCUCUUCAGGCUGGUAUUUCUUGAUCGUCCUGUCUCUGGCUAGAAUAAUAGGCGCAGCAAUGGAACUUGCAACUAUAUCAAGCCCAAAAAGCGUCUCCCUCUACACCGGAUCCGCCAUCCUUACAAACGUCGGCUUUUCCCCAUUGGUGCUUGCAGCACUGGGCCUAUUGUCCCGCCUCAGUGACAGCAUCCGCAAGAGCUACAAGACAAUCGUCGAUGCGCGGAUGCUGAGAAUGAUCGAGCUUGUCAUUUUCGUCGGCCUCAUACUCGGUAUCGUGGGUGGUGUUAAUGCUGGAUCCAACUUCAGCAAGACAGGGCACUACACACCUAGCACGCUGAACAAAGUUGGAACAGCACUCCUUGUGGUCUCGUUUGGCUUCAUUAUCAUCUCGAUCAUCUUCAUCUCCUUCGCCACACCGCAUGCCGAGCAAGGCGAGCACCGUCUCUUUUACGCCGUGGUCGCAGCGCUGCCGUUCCUGACUUGCAGACUCGUCUACUCCUGCUACAGCACCUUCAGCCACAACAAGAAUUUUAACCUCAUUACCGGCAACACGACCAUCCUGCUCUGUGUAGCGUUGUUGGAGGAGCUGGCUGUGGUCAUCAUCUUUGAGGGUGUUGGACUUACGCUGAAGAAGGUCGAGCAUGUACUUGUUAGCAACCGCGAUCCUUCGGAGCCGUUGGCUCAGGGCCAAUCCGAGGGUGAGCCGUGGAAGAAGGAAAAUAUGGCGUUGAGGAUCUUCAGGCACACUAUUCUUGGAAGAGUUGUGAUGGCCUUUGUCGGAAACAAGGAUGAGAAAUAUGGGGACGUGGAGAUGCAUGGGCAGAAAUAA